AUGGCCACGACUCUCACCAUAGAUAGCCCGAGUACGACUUCAUCUACGACUCCUUGCACGCCUACACCAGAGAUCAUCGAUGCUCCAAGCCUACAGUCGGCAAAAACAUCGCCGCCGAGUCCUCUAGAGCCUGCGGUACCCGAUAAGCCCGACAUAGAGCAUGUUUAUGUACAAAACGAUCCCAGGAAAUGGUCCCCAGCACGCAAGGCUUUGGUCCUUUCUAUAAUUUCAGGCGCAUCCAUGAUUGCAGGCCUUGCGUCGAAUAUCUAUAAUCCCGGUAUCCUGCAAGUGAAGUCUGAGCUCCACGCUACAAGUGGACAAAUCUCCCUAAGCCUCGCGUUGUUCAUCCUCAUCCAAGGCGCUAUACCUCUGUUAUGGAGUGUAAUCAGCGAGAUCAAAGGUCGAAAGAUCGUGUAUAUCACGUCAAUCACCAUCGCAGUCGUGGGUUGUAUUGUUGCUGCUUUAGCUCAAACUAUAGAUGUCCUCAUCGGGAUGAGAUGUCUUCAAGCGCUUGGGACAAGUGCAGUGAUGACAAUCGGUGCUGCGACGCUAGCUGACGUCUACGAUCAAGCCGAGCGCGGGACUAUGAUGGGCAUCUACUACGCCGCACCCCUCCUGGGGCCCUCCCUCGGACCUAUCCUCGGCGGCAUUCUCACGCAGUUCUUCUCCUGGCGCGCAACGUUCUGGUUCCUCGUCAUCUUCAUGGGCUGCUGCCUUGCCGCCUUUUUGUUCUUCUUCCGCGACACGUUCCGCAUGGAGCGGAGCUUGUUGUAUCAGACAGUGCUCAAACGCGUCAAGGCUCAGCAGCACGAGAAGGAGCUCUUCGCGUCACGGCGAUCGAGCAUGACGACGUUGCGCGGGCCGUCAGGAAAGAGCACGCCCGCGCCUGAUCUCGAAGCUGGCGAGGAGAAGGAGGCUGCGGCAGCCCCUCCCGCGCAGGCAUACGAAAUUAGGCUUUCUCUCAAAGAUGUAAACCCACUCCCACCUCUUGUACUCAUCCUGCGGCGAUGGAACAACCUUGUCAUCCUUACCGCGUCUGGCUUGAUUUUCGGGUUCAGUUACUGCAUCUCGUAUACCUGUUCACUGACGCUUGAAGAGAAAUACAACUACGACGCCCUUAAAACCGGACUUGUCCUCCUCUCAUAUGGUGUCGGCUGCAUGUUUGGCAGCGUCCUGGGCGGCCGCUGGUCCGACCACGUCCUCAAACAGCUCAAAGCACAUGGCGGAAGCACCGUCGCCGAAAUGCGCCUCCAAAGCACAAAAGUCGCCAUGUUGUUCCUGCCCCUCUCUGUCAUCGCCUACGCCUGGCUCGCCGAAAAGCACACACACAUCGCCCCGAUCUGCGUCGCGCUCUUCUUCGCCGGCUUUUUCUCCAUCUGGAUCUACUCGAGCACCCUCGCUUACAUCGUAGACGCCAACGUCGGCCGCUCCUCCUCCGCCGUCGCCGCCAACAGCUGCUUCCGCGGCCUCUCCGCCUUCAUCUUCGCCGAAGUCGCCGUCCCUCUCCAGAACAAGAUCGGUGACGGUGGGCUCUACAGCCUCUGGACGGGGCUCCUCAUCAUCUGUGAGUUGCUCAUCCUCCUCGUGUUGUACAAGGGCGGGCGCUGGCGCGAACGGGCCGAGGCGCACGAGGCGAGAGGCUCCUAA